ACGCUGUUGUUGGCAACGGCGGAUACUGAAGCGGGAAGGAUAUAAACGCUUCAAUUGCUGUCAAGUCAAAUUGUCUUCGUAAUUUUGGUUAAUAAUACUAAUUACUCAACGUUUUCUUGUUCAGCGCUUUCAAGUUUGUGUAGUUAAAACCACUGGUCAACGGAGAGAGCCCUUUGAAUGAUUAUUUAGCAACUGUGUUUUCAAGCUAAUGUAUGUAAAUGUACUUGAAGGAAGCAGGGGGGUUUGCUGUGCUGACUUCAGCUAAAUUUGUGCAUCACUCGAUCAACACGGUCAGCGAGUGGAUUAGAAUUGUUCACUGUCUAUGGCCUCCAAAGCAGAUUGGCAGGAUCCUUACGUCAACGUUUUCAAACUUUUCAGAGUUGGAGAGUGGAAGAAGUCGUCAAAAGAAGGAGAUGUUUCCACAUACAUGGACAAGACCCUCAACUGUUCCGUGUUUCGGAUCAAAGGUUCUGUACCUACCGAGAGCUACGUCCGAUUACCGAACAGUGAUUCUCGGUCUCUGGGUCUGACAGGAAGAUAUAUGUACCUGCUCUUCAAGCCCAUACAAGGAAAAUCUUUUUUGAUCCUCUUGGAUGUCGUUGCAGAGGAUGACCGGGUGGUCCGAAUCUCCCUCUCCAACACGUUCAAAGAGUUCAAAUCUACUCCCACGUCACUUCACUUCCCUUUCCUAUGCGAAUCUGACAAAGAUUCAGUCAUUAAAACAAAAGCCACCUCAAAACGAGAAGCUCCAGUUUGCCUCCAGGCCCGUUGGACCUGUCUAAUGUUGGAUCUGCAGGGCAUGCUCUCAACCUACCUCAACCACCUCUACUAUAGUCAUCUGAAGAGCAUCAAGCUUUGCUCCUACAUGUGUGUUAAAAACAUUUUUACCAGCGACCUGCAGCUUAGUCCAGCGGUUUCCCACCAUAACGUCAAACCUAUAGGUCUGGCCUCUUCAGCUGCCUCAGGACCCAUGCCCAGAGACAUGGUGUUUCCAGUGCCCAAAGGACGCUCCUGGCAUGACUUCUAUGAUUAUGUCAGGUUUCCAGUGGAAGGACAACAUUCUAACAUAGAAAAAGACAAUGACAAGAAUGGAGCCGGAAGUACGCCCUGCCCUACUGAAAAAGAAGGCUCCUCUGCCGAGAGCAGCAUGCCAGAGCUGGUGGAAAUCGUCACACAGCAGGAGGCCAGUCCCAACCAACUCCCAUCUACUCCCCCCUGCGACACCGAUGACGGCGGUGUUCAUGUGUUUGUGCAUCAGGAGGAGGAGGACCUCAGCAAGAGGGACACUGAAGAGGAGUGUGUUGAAAGUCCUUUUCAACAUCCUGUCUGUGUGUCCUUUUCUGAAGACACCAAAGAGCAGAAGCUGUUGCCGGACCCAAUUCUCAGGCUUCGGAGAAUAAUUGGUUUUGGAGGAGCCACCACCAAAUGUGCCUUAUGGACCAAGUCAGGUGACGCUGUGGUCUAUCCAUGUCACGCUAUUGUCGUCUCCAUGAAGAUAAACUCUAAUGAGCAGAGAUUCUUCAUCGGCCACACUGAUAAGGUGUCUGCACUCGCUUUCAAUGGCAACUCUACAAUGCUGGCCUCUGCACAAACGGGUAAUUACUGUGUAGUUCGAAUAUGGAACUACCUGAAAGGAAACUGUCUGGUCAUGUUCAGGAUGCACACCCAAUCUGUAACCUCACUCAGCUUCUCAUACAGUGGUGGAACCCUUUGCGGAGUGGGCAAAGACAGUCACAGUAAAACGUUGGUUGUAGUAUGGAAGACGGUCAAUGUUGACAGCGGUGGAGCAGUGAGCAUCUUAGCCAAGACAAAAACAGAUGUGGACAUUAAAACCAUGAAGAUUGCAAAGUUUGAUGAUACAAGGCUGGUAUCAUGUGGUCGUGACAACAUUCGUCUGUGGAGGGUGCGCAAUGGCAUACUGCGUUCCUGUCCAAUUAAUCUUACUGAUUAUAAAUCAUUGGACUUCACUGAUGUGGCAUUUGAGGAAGGAGACUCCCCUGAUCAGCAUCUUGAAGAUCGAACUCUAUUUGCCAGCAGCCAGAGCGGCCACAUCUUUGAGAUUGACUACACCAGAGUUGUCAUUAGAAAUGUCAGGUGGUUGUUUCCAGUGCAGCAGCAGGAGAAAUUGGCUUUUAACAAAUGUCAUGGUAUCGCCAUCAACAGCAUCAGCGUGUCGUCAUCCUUCUGUGCCACAGGCUCUGAAGACGGGUACCUGCGGCUCUGGCCUCUGGAUUUUUCCGGUGUCUACCUCGAAGCUGAACACGAGGGACCUGUAAGUGUGGUGUCUAUAUCGUCAGACAGCAUGCAGGUCCUGGCCACCACCUCUACCGGUAACCUGGGAUUCCUCGAUGUGACCAGCCGGGGUUACAGCACGCUGAUGAGGUCACACACAGACACCGUGCUUGGCUUCAGUGUUGAUGGUAUUCACCGACAUCUCACAACCGCUUCUUCAGACGGCACAGUACGCAUUUGGUCCAUGGACUCCUUGCAUCAGCUGUAUGACUUUGUGUCGGAGGAUAGGCCCUGCUCAGUUGCCUUUCAUCCCAGCCAGCAGAUCUUCUCUUGUGGUUUCAGCUCUGGAAUUGUCAGAGUCUUUGAUAUCUCCUGUGGAAAGCUCAUGGCUGAACACAAUCAUCAUCGAGGUGAUGUGGUUGGUCUUGCCUUUGCUCCCAAUGGAAACUCGAUGUACAGCGCUGGCUCCGAGGGCUCUCUCACACGCUACAACUCUUCAGUGAAAGACAACCGUGUGAUCAGAGUUGUUGGUGGUGUGGUGGCCCGAGGCACUGGCCGUGCUCCAGAUGCCCUUACAGUGAGCAGUGACAGCCGCUGUCUGGCUUUUGUUGGCCCCUCUGAGUACACAGUUACCUUGGCUGACGCUCUGUCACUAGAAGAGUCUCUCCGUGUCGAUGUAAGUAUUUUGGAUGCGGAGAGCAACUUUCUGGAUUCUGCGCUGAAGGUCUGCUUCUCCUCAGCCUCCCCUGAGCAUUUGUUAGUAGCUACAUCUUCUAACAAAAUCCUCUGGGUUAACACCAAGACGGGCUGUCUGCUCCGGCAGGUGUCCAAAGUGCACAAGCACUGGUGUUCCUCUCUGGCUGUGAGCGAAGACAGACGAUUCUUGGUAACAGCAGGACACAACGCUGUCAAAGUGUGGGAUUAUAACAUGCGGCUUCAUAUGAACUCACAGAUGUUUAUAGGUCAUAGUCAGCCCAUCAACCAGGUGAGCUUUACCCCUGGCCAAUUGGGCGUGGUCUCAGUUGGGGACGCCAUAUUUCUGUGGGACUUCCUGGCACACCCUGUUGACUUGCUGCUUGCCCACUGUUUACCAUCACGAUCCUCCUCUGCAGCCUCCUCAGCUGUAGGUGAGGUACAAGCCUGCAAUGGGAUGCCUAGACAAAGUGCGCCUCUUCCCUUCUCUCCUCCACCGCCACUGGAUGUGAGUGCCACGGACACCCAAGAAAUCGAGCGGGAAGUCACAGCCACUGGUUCAAAUCCCAGCUGUAACCCCAAGCCCGCCACAUCCUUCCUCAAGAUCACAGAACUAAGCGAUAUCACAAACCUGAGCACCAGUCAUCAGGAUUUGCCUGGAAAGAAGCUAUUGCGCCCAGAUUGUUAUCGACACUUUAUACCACGUUUUAACGAUUCCACUCUUGAUGAGGCCGCUAUGACUCCUCAACCAGCAGAAGCAGGCAUGAAGCUGAAAGCCGUGAUUGGUUACAAUGGCAAUGGGCGGGGCAACAUGGUGUGGAGCCCUGGUCAAGGUUUAUUUGCGUACUCUUGCGGCGGUGUAGUGGUGGUGGAGUACCUUAACUCAGGAUGUCAGAGGCAUUUUCAGGGCCACAGUGAGGAAAUCUCUUGUCUUGCAGUCUCAAAUGAUGCUAAGUUACUGGCGUCUGCAGCCAGCAAAUGUAAUGGCAGAAGCCUCAUUUGCAUUUGGGACAUCCAGAGUGGAGCUUGUCUGAAUACCAUUUCCUACCACAGAGCGGCAGUGCAGAGUCUUGCGUUCUCCAAAGAUGAUUGCUUCUUUCUCUCCGUAGGAGACUUCUCGGACCCAGUGGUGGCUCUGUGGAGCAGCAAGACCUUUCAGAUGCUCUCUGGCGUGACCGUUUCAGGGCCGAUUCACGACGCAGCCUUCAGCCCCUCUGAAGCCGCCCAGCUUGCCUGUGUGGGCAGCCAAAGUAUAUACUUCGGCUUCAUUCACAGCAGCGGGCAGGAUGUAGACCUCAAGGUUAUGACAGCGAGGGCACCAGCAGAGGUUGGCAAUGUGGAGAUGACAGCUGUAUGCUACCAUAACAAUUCUUUACUUUUCACCGCCACCAACCGAGGACAUCUUUGCGUCUGGGACAUCAAGACACAGAGCUGCUUCAUGACGUGGGAGGCCGAUGAGGGCGAGAUUGGCAUUCUGCUGUGUCGAGGGAACAGGCUGUUGACAGGCAGCAACACCCACUGGCUGCGACUGUGGGAGGUAGAAGCUGUGCAAGAUAUGACACCUCAGGUGAAAGCAUUCAGCAGUAGAGACAGUGGGAAAUCGGUGGUGUUGAAGCGGGAGAUAAUGCUAGAUGGGACUACGGUCAGCGCUGCCUUUGACAACACAAUGGACAUGGGCAUUGUGGGCACCACUGCAGGUACUUUGUGGUACAUUGAUUGGUUGAACAACAGCAGUGUCCGUCUGGUCAGCGGCCACAAGAAUAAGGUGAAUGAUUUGGCAUUUCACCCUGAUGAGAGCCACUUCGCCACAUGUAGUGAAGAUGGCAGUCUGAGGGUGUGGUCUUUCCCUGGUAAUGAACUAGUGGUGCAGUUCCAGGUGCUCAAUCAGUCCUGUAGCUGCGUGUGCUGGAGCUCUUCUUCCAGCAAACAGCGCAUGUCUGUGGCCGCAGGAUACAGCGAUGGCACCUUGCGCAUCUUUCGGCUCUCCACUGCUGAAAUGGAGAGGAAACUGCAGCCACAUCACGUUGCUGUCACCGCUGUCCAAUACUCUGCAAAUGGUGAUGUGAUCAUCUCUGGUGGGAAAAACGGUCUAAUUGCUGUAAGUAGUGCCAUGGAUGGCACAACCAUCCGUGUCUUCAGGGACCACAAAGGAGCAGCCAUCAGCACCAUUCAGUGUGUAAAUGAACAGUGUAAGGACUUUGGCGUGGUGGGGAACGAGCUGUGGUUGGCCGCCAGCGUUGACAGGCGCGUUAGUGUCUGGGCAGCUGAUUGGUUCAAGUACAAGUGCAGUUUGCUGGACUGGCUCACACUUCCUGCUCCGCCGUAUUGCCAGGAUGACAGUCCACCCCCUAGCCUGGCUUGCUUCUGCCCAACAGACCCCAGCCUGGUAAUCUACACUGCUUAUGGAGUAGAGAAAGAGCUUUCUUUCUACAGCCUCUCUAAGAAAAGGGUCAUCAAAAAGAUUGCCCUCCCUCACUGGGCCACUUGCUUCAGCCUCUCCUCCAAGAGCCAAAUGAUAGCUUUGGGUUCAAAAGAACGAGUGUUGAAACUGAUCAAGUGGACCAGUGGCAGGUUCCAGGACUUUGUACAGCACAGCGACUCUCUACAGACGUGCCGCUUCUCCCCCUCAGGGACGCUCCUCUUCUCUGUGGCCCACAAUGAGAUUCUACUGUGGGCAGUGCAGGGCCUCUGAGAAGACUUUUUCUUUUUAACCUUGUAGGUUUAUCUUCCAAAGCAGGUUUAUGCCAUUUCUAUGUUUUUUGUUUUUGUUUUUUGAGGAACAGAGCCAAAACUUGGUGCCACUUGCUGAAUUGGAGUCAGUGACGUGAAGCUUUUUUUCUUAUGUAUAGUUUUACAGUACUGUAGAGAUGCUUUCAUUGACAAUAUUUAUUAUUUUUGCAUAUUCUUGCAAGUUAGAUUAAAGGCUGUGUCU